AUGCCUCAAGCAAAGGCAUCCCUGUUUCUGCAGGAUAACAACUUCAAGUUUCAGAGCCACCACGGCGCCACACCUGGUGGUAACAAUGAUAAACAACAACCACAUCAACCGCUUGGCCAAACAUUUGAUCUUAGUUCAUUGGAGGCUGAAUUACCUCCAAACACGGGUCCACCAGGUACGGUUCCCGUGACAAAUGGCUCAUCAUCAAACGCUAACAAAAACUUGAGCCAUGUACCAUGCAAGUUCUUCAAACAAGGCAAUUGUCAAGCUGGUGACUCAUGUCCAUUCUCCCACAAUAUUGAAGGUGCUUUGGCUGCUGAUCGGUUGCCGUGUAAAUAUUUCUUGAGAGGAAAUUGCAAAUUUGGUUUAAAAUGUGCAUUGGCUCAUUAUUUACCUGAUGGGACCAGAGUCAACGCCAAGAAUAUCUUGGCUAGUAAUGGAGGCGGAGUUGGCAAUGGAUACUCUGGUCAAAGUUAUGGUACCAAACAACAGAAAUACAACACUGGACAAGGUAAAAGCUACAAUGUGAAUCAAAGUUCUGCUGCAAACAGUCAUUCCAAAACCUCACCUGAGUAUGCUUAUACUAGACUUGACAAAACAGAUGAUGAGUUUGCUCCACGAUACCGCUACACUAGCGUGUCUCCACCAGAUGCAGGGCACUUUGUUGGGACCGCCGCAGUUUCAAAUACUGGCUAUUUCAGUAACUACCAUGCAAACCAGCAAUCACAAGCACAACCGAGCUAUUCCCAUCAACCAGUGACUCGCGACACGUAUAGACAACAACAGCCGAUACAGAGCCAACAACAACAGCAACAACAACAACAGCAACAGUACACUCAACCAGCGCAGUUUUCCCAAAGUCAAGCACCCAUUUCGUUCAACUCGCUUACCGAAGAUAGUCUUGCCAGGUUUGCAAGGCAGUCACAACCACAUCCACAACAAGAACAAGAACAUCCUACAUCUUCAAAUCAAGAGUCUUCUAGAUGGUCACCCAUUGAACAAUAUGCAAAACCAGUAGAUUAUCAAUACCCACCAUGGGGCUCGCAGCCCAGAAGAGCUGGGUCACAACAUCAACCACACAGCUUAGGUUCAAACUCAUUUGCAAGUACUAUUGUUGAUGGAUCAACGUUCAACACACUACCUUCUGGUCAGCAACAGUUUGGUGUACGUCGCUCAUAUUCAACUGGUGGACAAUUGCUCACCUCUAGAACAGCAAUUUCUCCACCUCAGUUGUCAACUGCAUCAGGCAUAAACAUUCAAUCGUCGACUCCAUCGGCAACGACUCCAACUUCCCGCUUCUCCUUCAGUUCAGGUAACUCAACCGCAAUAUCACAAAUCAAUGAUUACAAUUUACCAGUGAAACCAAACACUUUGCAGUAUCAAUACCUGUAUCAAAACAUCUCCUUAGCAUCACCAGUAUUUGACGAUGAGGAGGAUGAGCAACUAGGCCUGGGCUUUCAGUACAACACUUUGCCAAAACAAGGUAUUUCUGAUGCUGUAUUUGAGGAAGAUUUUUUACCUGGUUCAUUGGCUGAUGUGAUUUUGACUCCACAAGAAUUGAAGAGGCGUGAUUCAAGAUCACAAAGUGGUACAUUGAACAAUAAGCCAAGCUUGCGUGCGUUGCUUGAGGAUGUAAAGUGUACGGAAUUGCAACAAGAGGAAGAUUUAAGUGCGAAACCAGCUGUAACUUCCAAUGACGAUGUUUUUCUUAUGGAGUAG